UGUCAGUCUUUUUGUAUUGAACAAAUAAGAAUUCAACCAUGGUCAAGGUGUUUGUGAUUUACUACUCGACUUACGGCCACGUCGCCAAGCUCGCCGAUACCAUCGCCAAGAGCGCCGCCACUGUUGCUGGCGUCGACGUCAAGCUCUGGCAGGUCGCCGAGACCCUGUCGGACGAUAUCCUUGGCAAGAUGCACGCUCCUGCCAAGAAGGCCGAGGUGCCCGUCAUCCAGGCUGCCGACCUCGCCGAGGCGGACGCCUUCCUGAUUGGCUUCCCCACUCGCUAUGGCGCCUUCCCUUCGCAGGUCAAGGCUCUGUUCGACGCGACUGGCGGCCUCUGGUCUAAGGGUGCCCUCGUUGGCAAGCCCUUCGGCUUCUUCACCUCGACUGGCAACCUCGGUGGUGGCCAGGAGACCACCAUCCAGAGCGCCCUGAGCUUUGUCGUCCACCACGGCGGCAUCUUUGUGCCCGUCGGCUACACUUCGCCCCUGCUCUUUGACAACUCUGAGCCCCGUGGUGGCAGCCCUUGGGGCCCCGGCACCUUCACCAACGGUGACGGCUCCCGCCAACCCUCCGAGAAGGAGCUCCAGAUCACCACCGAGUUCGGCGUCCACUUUUCCAAGAUUGCUCGUGACUUGGCUGCUGGCCGCGCUGCCAACAGCAAGUAAAAGCUCUAGCGGCGGUGCUUUUUUUUUUUUCCUUUCCUGAGAAGUUGCACAGGUUUUUGUUGCUCUUUGGGAGGAGGAAGGUCUACUGUGAAUCAUGAAUAUAACUUUUGCCUGCUCAGA